CCGAAUCACACAGUAGGUGUGGUGGCAAGAUUGCCGGUCAUUUUAGCUUCACGGGUGUAGCAGGUAACAGCUACUCACGUUGUAAACACUGAAUUUCUUCAAUUUGGUUAGCAAACAAUCAACAAUCAACUUGGUUUUAUGACACGCCUCCGGUUAGGUUUCUUUCUGUAAGGACUACAGAUUUCACAUUUGAUGCCAUUUUCUUAUCCAUAAAAAAAACCUAGGAUAUCUGCUGGGUCGUGACGUAAGAACUGGUGGUCAAGAUGGGGUGGAAAGGGGUGGAAACCCCGGUGUUAACUUUGGGCCUUUUGUGUAUGAUCUGCUUCACUGUUACAUUACAGCAAGAUCCUUGUUCAGGAAAAACCCAAAUUGAAAUUAGUUUUCCUGAAAGUGAGCUAAAUAGCAAUUUGCCUAAUACAGAUCCAGCUUAUACACAAGUUCUGUUGAAUUCUGCACAAGAGCUAAAUAAUGUGACAGUUGGAAAAGAAAAAGACGCUCCAGAUCCAUAUCCAUUUAAGGAUUAUUUUAAUAUUGGAUAUUUUAAUGGAAUCUAUAGAGUAUUCAUGAUAAAGGGCAUUGAUCGAGAUGGUCCCACAUCUGCAACAGAAGAUGAUGUAAAUAUACUGCAGUUUCAGAUGUCUUGCCAAGCCAAUCCCGGUUCUGCAACAUAUUACCUAAUUCUAAAGAUUCUGAUAACUGAUAUAAAUGAUAAUACACCACAGUUUUCGAAUGCUCCUUAUUCAGUGGAAGUUAAUGAGCUGACCCCACUAGGUGUAACUGUCUACCGUGCCAUUUCUGCCACUGACAAAGAUGAAGGUCCCAACAAGCAAAUUACAUAUAUUUUGAGUGAUGAUACAAUCACACAGUUCAAAAAUGGCACACAGUACUUUUCCUUGCCCUCUGAUCAAGAAGGUUUUAUAAAUGUAAAAGGAUUUCUGGAUUUUGAGAGCAUGUACAAUGUGACCAGAGAUGCUAGCAAGACGUUCUACGUUAUCAAUGUGAUCGCAAGGGACAAUGCUGCAGAUGUAAAUUUACGAAGGUCAAGUAUGACAACAUUGACUGUAAAAAUUUUGGAUGGAGAUGAUCUGGGUCCUGAGUUUGUGUAUGAUUCCUGUAUACUCAGUUAUGAACAGGUCUAUCCUUUUUGUAUCAGACCAAAGUACACCACAACACUACUCUCAGGGACUAACCAGGACGUAGAGUUGAUCUUUCGGCCAGUUCCAUCAGUUCCUAGUAAUUCAAAUAACAUAAGCAUAGUAAUGCAAGAUCGAGACACUCUAAACUCACCAAUUGCUUGUAUUAUAAAAAACACUGAACCAGCAGGGUACACAGACUAUUUCACAGCUACAGCCAUCCAGAUAGGCUCCAGCAAGCAGUACAGGUGUAGAAUUGUGAAGAAAGCUGGAAGUGUUCUGACUAGAUCUGAUGUAUCAAGUCUGGAACUUAUCAUUGUGGCUACUGAGCAGUCGUUUAACCACAGAGAAGAAUACGCCAUAGUGUCAAUACAGAUAACUCCCACAAAUCUGUACCCUCCCACCAUCACACCAUCCAGUGGGGUUGGCUACAUCUAUGAGAACUCUCCAGCCUUGACCUUGGUCUCUGACAGCAUCAGUAUUACAAAUGCUUUCAAGCUGACAUUUCAAGAUCCUGACGUGACAGGAACAGAUCCCCCCACAACAUAUACCUACAGCACUACUGGAGGGCCUUUCACAGUUGGACCAGAUGGUUAUGUAAGACUGACCACUAAUAAUGCACUGGAUUAUGAACAGACUAAAGCCUACACUCUUACUGUUGUAAUAACAGAACAAACCCCAGAAAUGAAAUCUGCCACAGCAACAGUGUCAGUGAAUGUACUAAAUGUCAAUGAUGUGGCUCCUAGUGUUCUGUCUACUGAUAGCUACAUCAUUCAAGUGCCUCAAGGAAACUAUACACUAGUAACCCGUGAUCUUGUUACAGUGACUGCAAUAGACCAGGAUGGACCAGCCUUGACUUAUUCACUUAAACGUGUGUCUCCUGCUGCUAGUGCUGCCAAAUUUAAUGUACUCAGUAAUGGCCUGGUCAAACUACAAGGGGCAGUCACUGCAGGAGAAGUGUACACUGUUUAUGUUAAUGUUUCUGAUGGGGGGACACCACUCCUAAGUGCUGAAGCUGCUGUUGUCGUGACUGUGCUCCCACUAGCCAACCAAGCUCCAGCUUUCACAGCCCCCAGCUACACCAUUUAUGUUAGUGAGGGAGUCCUCAAUGACUCAAGGCUCUUUGACUUACCUGUUAGUGACCCAGAUACACCACUGAGUCAGUUGGUAUUUACUUCAACUGAACUUACUACUGACAGAUAUGUCUACAUGAGUGGGUUAAGCUUAUUCAAUGUUAGGCAGUUUGACAGAGAAGUAAUUCCCCAACACACUGUUACUGUAAGAGUUGCAGACCCUCAAAGAAAUACUGCUACAGCUACUGUCAUUAUAAUUGUACAAGACAUCAAUGACAACAGUCCUACAUUUGGACAAAACCAGUACAUUUUCAGUAUACAAGAAAACCAACCUGUGGCCACAAUUGUUGGCUCAGUUUCAGCUACAGAUGCUGAUGAGCCCAACACACCAAACUCAGCCCUAACAUAUGGCAUUGUCCAGACAUUGGACUUUGAUAAAUUUACCAUAAACCCAUCAAGUGGGCAGCUGUCUUCCAAUGCCAUAUUUGAUUAUGAAACUAAACAACAAUACCAGAUAGUUGUUAGAGUCUCUGACAAUGGAAAUGCCCCACGGACUACAGUUGUGCCAGUCACUAUCAACAUUUUAGAUCUUCAAGACAAUCCACCAUUAUUCCAAGUUCUCAACACAGAAGUGUCAGUUAAUGAAAAUGAUUCAAAUAUUCUUGUGGCAACUCUUAAGGCUGAUGAUGCUGACUCUGUUAAGAGCUACAAUUUUGUCCUGGCUGAUAAUGCAGGUAGUACAGACUCUUCAGCUUUCUCUGUACAAACUGUGAACAAUGAGGCAAGAAUUUCUGUAAACACUGCACUGAACUAUGAGGUGAAAAACCGCUACACUUUCCUGGUGACAACUCAAGGAAUGACAGGAAACAUUUUGUACACAACGGCUUCAGUCACAGUCAAUGUUUUGGACAUGAAUGAUAACUCCCCAGUGAUUGGACAAUACUCUGCAACAGUUACUGUACUGGAAACUGUAGCUAUUGGCUCAGCUCUGAGUAAUUUAACAGCUACAGAUGCAGAUGGGACUUCACCAAACAACAGGAUAGAGUACAAAGUCCAAAGUGUCAGCCCAAACAGUGGUAGCAACCUCUUCUAUGUUGGUGAGAAGAGUGCUAUUCUAACAGUUGCAUCCUCACUCCAAGCUGACAGGACUGUCAACACUUAUACUGUCACUGUCAUUGCCUUUGAUUUAGGCACACCAUCUUUAACUGCCACAGGGACAGUCACUGUGACUGUAAAACGCAACACUGCACCAUUUUUCCAAAGUGGCUCAUCAACUAUUCCAUUUGUAAAUGAAAAUGCUGCCAUUUCUACUUCCAUUUUUAGAACAGUAGCAACAGAUCCUGACACAAAUAUCACUCCUGAGUUUGCAGGUGUGACCUACUCACUGGCAGCAGACUCAGUUGCUUCAAGCCUGUUUCAGGUCAACCCCAACACAGGAGAUAUAACAUUGACUGGUUCCCUGUCUAACAGAGCUGACUCACAAUACACUAUCCAAAUUAUUGCAACUGAUCUUGGAGGUUUGUCAGCCAGAAUCAAUGUCAUCAUACCUGUGAACAGAAAUCUGUUUGACCCACAAUUUGAUCAGUUGAGCUACACAACAACCAUCAAUGAAAACUUCCCUCUAGGAGACACCAUUGUACAGAUAGCUGCUCGUGAUAAUGAUGUCAAUAGCCCAUGGAAAGACUUGUCCUUCACUAUCACUGGUGACGCUUUAGGCCUACAGUACUGUGCUGUCAGUGACACUGGCAUAAUCUUCUUACGUCGAACUCUGGCCUUGACCAACAUCACAGAGCUCAAUCUGGUGGUAUCUCUAAAAGACAAAGGCAAUCCACCAAGAACUGCGGCCGCUACAGCAACUGUCAAGAUCACUGUAAUUAAGAACUCUCAAAGUCCCAUUUUCUUCAAUGAAACUUAUCGAGUCACCAUUCCAGAAAAUCAGGCGGUGUCCUCACCAAUCAUCACAGUCAGUGCAACAGAUUCUGACGCUGUGUUCAACAAGCUGACCUACUACAUUGAAGGAGACCAGUCAGCUGCCGCCAACUUUGCCAUAGAUCCAAAGACAGGAGUAAUUACAUUGAUACGGGACCUCAGGCAAUCUUCUCUCAGCUCUUUUGUGAUUCGAGUAGCAGCUUUGGAUGAUGGUGCCUACCCCAGGAGGGGCACAGCUCUAGUGUUUGUUGAUGUCACAAGAAACCUCCAGAGCCCCAGCUGGAUAGCUGGUAACCCAACAACUGCCACAGUGUAUGAAAAUGCUGCUUCAGGGACCAGUGUUGUGAGAGUUUCUGCUACAGACACCGACUCUCAGGCCCCAAACAAUGUGAUUGACUACAUCAUCACAUCAGGAGGAGAAUACUUCCAGGUUGAUCAAUCAACAGGGGUCAUCAGUGUCAAGGUCCCUGUUUACCUAGACACUGCAGCAAAUUAUCAAGUAACGCUGAUUGCAAGAGACAGAGGAACUCUUACAAGGGAGUCAGCUCCAUUCACUGUUACAAUAAUUCCACAAAGAAAUAGGUUUGCACCAAAAUGGCAGGCCACUCCCUACAACUUUUAUCUGAACCUACCACUAACCAACAAUCAGUUGCUGAAGACUUUAACUGCAACAGAUGAUGACCUGCCACCUUUCAAUCAAUUGACAUUUGAGCUACUUCCCUACUCCAGCUCAUCAUUACUAUUCACUUCUGAUGUCAGCACUCAGAAUCAGAACUCUAUUAAUAUAAGAGUUCCCAAUGCAAACCUAAUCAACUCUGACACACUGCUGCAAUAUUUCUUUUAUGCCAAAGUUCGUGACAGUGGAAGUCCAAGCCUCUCAGAUAUAGCUCUUGUAACUUUUAAUGUCAACCGUAACUUGAAUGCACCAAGUUUCACCACUACAACAAAGGAAAUCACCAUUAAUGAGACUUUAACUCCUGGCUCCUUCGUCAUUGACUGUCCGGCCACAGAUGCUGAUGGCACUGCAACCAACAAUGGUGUUAUCACCUAUUCUGAUGUUUCAAACUCUAACUAUUUCCGUGUGGUAGGGACGAGUAGUGGCAUCAUUCUACAGCGUCCACUACAGCAGGACCCAGCCACGACAUACACUGUGAUCAUUGGAGCUCAAGAUAACGGAAACCCCCCACGAAUAGCACCUAACACAUGCACAGUUACAAUCAGAGUGAUACGCAACCAAAAUCCACCGGUGUUUGUCAAUACCCCUUAUGACAGUACCAUUGCACGUACUGCAACUGCAGGUUUAAAGGUUGUCCAGGUGACAGCCACUGAUGCUGACUUGCAGGCCCCCUUCAAUGUUGUAAGAUAUGAGAUUAUUCGACAGUCUGUGCCAAAUAUCUUUGUCAUCAACUCAGUUACAGGAGACAUUACUUUGGCCACUGGUAUGGCCAGUCAGACUGAUGCCUCAUACACAAUUGCAGUUCGAGCUUAUGAUGGAGGAAAUCCAGCCCUCUCAGCCUACAAUGUUUUCAGGGUGACUGUCAAUGGAAAUCUUCAAAGCCCAGUGUUUGUGGUGCCAGGUUCUGCUGCCAACUACAUCGCCAGUGUUGAGAUACUUGAAGGCAUUGAUUUCAACUACAACAUUUACACUGUCUCUGCUACAGAUGGGGACAAUGGUGAUGCUGGCAAAGUGAGCUACUACCUAGUCGGUGACAAUCAAGCACUGAUGUAUUACCAAGUGAUCACUGACUCUGGGAUUAUAAGGAUCCGUUCAUCACUGCUUCAAGACACUGUUCAGCAGUACACUUUGAAUAUUAUUGCUCGGGACAGUGACAUCAGUAACCCUAAAGUGUCUACAACUACAGCUACCGUCUCAGUCAGUGUGUACAGAAAUAAAUUCUCGCCACAGUUUAUCAAUAUGGCUGCUUACAAUCAAGUGAUUGACGCAAACCUGCAAGUUGGGCAACGUGUAACAGCUGUAACAGCAACAGAUGCUGAUCGAGUGAACACUUAUGAGAGGGUGGAUUACCAGAUCAUUGGGGAUGGAGAUUCUCUCGGACUCUUCCAGAUAAAUUCUAAUACUGGUGAAAUCACACUAAAGAGCUCUUUAGCCAAUUAUGGAGCAAGUGUUUACUAUGUGCGAGUCCAAGCUAAUGACAAUGGUGCGGUCCCUCACAAGUUCAGUAACACAACAGUCUUGACCAUCACAGUCAACCAAAACUUGUACACACCUGUUUGGAGGGUUGCAGACCUUAACAACCCAGCUUUCACCUAUACGAUAUCAGAAGAUCAGUACCUGUAUUUUCCAUUUGGGUUCCUGUCUGCUACUGAUGGUGAUUCUCAGCCUCCACACAACCUCGUAGACUUCUACUACAGCCCAGCCUCUCAGUCUGCUCUUGAGUUUUUCCGUGUGACCAGAGAUGGCGAGGUGUCAGCAAUUAAGUCAUUGGUUGGAACAACAAGCAGCUCUUACACUUGGACCAUGGGACUGAGUGACAGGGGCACUCCUAUACGCAACAACUCUCGCCUGGCCACUGUGACAGUUAUUAUCACCAGGAACAACAACGCCCCCUACUUUACAAACUGCCCGCUUGCAACUACCACAGUUGUUAGAGAGGACGCUGCUCUUGGCACCACAGUCCUCCGUGUCACAGCCUCUGACAAUGAUCCUCCUAGUUCUAGAUUUGGAAAUAUCACUGUGACAUUGAUUGGGGAUGGAACCAGCAAUGUUUUUUUCCGCCUCAACUCUAAUAAUGAAAUAGUUGUAAAUGGAAACUUAGCAUCGACCAGCACCAGUAGUUACCAGAUUUUGGUCCAAGUUUCUGACCAGGGAAGUCCACCUAAACAGGCCCAGUGUGUCAUUCCUGUCAGCAUCAACCACAACUUGCAAGCACCUGUCUUCAACAACAACAGUUACAGUGUGAGAAUCCUUGAAAACCUGCCACCAGCCUCUUCAGUGAUCAAGGUCACUGCCACAGAUGCUGACUUAUUUAGCCCCUUCAACGCACUGACCUACAGAUACCUACAAGCUCUAGACAGCAGCCAACCAGAUACUUAUCUCAGCGUUAGAGCAGACGGCCUCAUUGUUGUACUGAGAAGCUUCCAGAUGGACUCCACUGCUAACACACUAUACAGGUUUACUGUCGCUGCAAGAGAUGGUGGUGGUCUAGAGGCCACAUCAUCAGUUAGUGUUACUGUCGUCCGCAACACCCCACCCAGAAUUACAAACCUGAGGAAUAUAACAAUCAACUACAAUCACACAGUCAAUAGCCUAAUUCUUGAUGCUGAUUACACUGAUAGUGAUGUAGAUAACCCCUUCAAUGUGGAGACAUUUUCACUGGUCGGAGAAAGCGAUGCUCAGUAUUAUAUGCGAAUAGACAGUGUAACAGGAGUUGUCUCCCUUGCCCAAUCUCUCAUUGGAGCUGGACCUAAUGUAUUCCUGGUCAAUGUGAGAGUAUGUGACGGAGGAAACUUAUGUGACCAGGGCACAUUUUCUGUCAACGUAACCCGUAACUUCGGCCCUCCAGUUUUCCUGCAAGCUGCCUAUAACACAACCAUUGGGGAGGACCAGGCCGUGCUGUCUUCUGUCCUUCAAGUAUCUGCCACAGACAACGACCUAGCUGCCCCGUACAACACUUUCACCUACAGAAUGCAAGUGGAUAAUCCCAGAUUUUCCAUAGACCCAACCAGUGGGGUCAUUUCAGUUAGACGUCCAUUAAAUGGAGAAACACAGAGUUUUUUCGAUUUCAUGGUGGUUGCUGUAGAUGGUGGAAACUUAGUCAGUGUUCCAAUAUCUGUAAGGAUCAACAUUGUGAGAAACAAUGCUGAUCCUGUCUUUAGUACAGCCAGCUGUGAUGGAGCAAUUUUAGCAAAUGUCCAGUCUGGCACACCAGUAACAUCUGUAUCAGCCACAGAUAGUGACACAUGGACUUCUUUUGGAACUUCUUCAAUCACUUAUAGAAUUAUUGGAGAUGAUGGUGCCAGCACAUUUUUUAGCAUUGGCAGCCAGAAUGGGCAGGUGACAGCUGGCAGUGGUAUCAGCUCAAGCAGUGCUGACUCCUACAAGAUUCGUAUUGAAGCAAGAGAUGGCUUCGGCAGGUCAGCUGUCAAGGUAUGCACCUUAACAGUGACCAGAAACCUGAAUGACCCCAGAUUUGAAACUACAGCCUACAAUCAAAGGAUCCUAGAGACUCACCCAAUUUCAGCCUCUGUGAUACAAGUUUCAAUUGUUGAUGCAGAUACCAGUGCUCCAUCUAACCUAGGGAGCUUUAGCCUCUCAGGGACACCACUUUGCCAAGAGUAUUUCAAAAUCGACCAGAUUUUAGGCCUAAUUUACGUACAAAAAGAUCUACGCCUGAAUCCAUUCAAACCAUCAACAUACACUUGCACAGUGACAGCUACUGACAGAGGUGUUCCCCCACGCAGUGCAACCAACACAGCUACAGCCACCAUCACAGUUGUUUACAACACUGCUCCAAGCUUCGACAAGGAUGUUUACGUGGCCAAUGUGAGCAGGGCCAUCACAGAAAACUCAGUUAUUGCCACUUACACCGCCACAGACAAUGAUAUUGAUAUUCCAUUCAACCAAAUUACUGUUUACAUUUCUGGAGGGUCAGAUGCCAGAUUUUUUGCCCUGAACCAAGCCAAUCAAAUUUUGGUGAAAAACACAGCAGACAUGGCUUUAGAAAGGGAUGUAAAAUACACUGUUUUUAUUACUGUGGUUGAUGGUGGUAGCCCCCCUUUGAAUGACACAGCUGUUGUUGUGUUGAAUUUGGACAGAAACCUGGCCGCCCCUGUUUGCUCAACACCAGGACCAGUCACCAUACAAUACAACCAAACACUUGGAGUGUCCUUUGCUUCCCUCACUGCUACAGACAGUGACACAAUAGCUCCAAUGAACACAGUGACCUACACCCUAGUGGGUGACCUACUUCCACAGACGUAUGUGCAGAUAGAUCCAAUCACUGCUGCUAUCAGUCUGAAAGCCAGUCUUCCUUCUAGAAAUAUUAAUGGAUUCCUGGUUCGAGUUGUGGCAAGAGAUGGAGGAUUCCCAUCACGGUCCAGCACAUGUAGUGUCCAGAUAAAUAUCCUCACAGACUCGGCUGAUUUAAGGAUAACUGCUAACCCAACAUCUAUUCCAGAAACAACUGCAAUCAAUACUACAGUCUUAUCAGCGUCUGCUCAACCUCCACCUAAUAUCAGGUACAGUGUUGUUGGGUAUGACACAGGACCAACAUACUUUGACAUUGAUCCAGUAUCAGGAGCCGUCUUUGUCAAGACUGAUUUACGUACAGAUUUAUCCAAGAGAACUCUCUACACAUUGCGACUGAAAGCUGUGAAAACAUUUGAAGUAACCACACAAGAGGCUUAUGUCGAUGUAACAGUCGCAGUACAACGCAACCAGAAUGGGCCUGUAUUCACACCACUGAAUGGCAAUUAUGUCACAACUGUCAACAAGGACGACUACAUUGGGACCCCAGCUAUACAGAUGAGUGCUACUGAUGCAGAUGGGGACCAACUUCUGUAUACAGUCGUAGCACCCACCCCUGGCUCUGAUUAUUUCUAUGUCAGCUCAACAACUGGCCUGAUCUCCAUUGCUAAAUCCCUCUCUAAUUUAGCCAUCAACCCUGUCACUUUCCAAGUUAUUGUCAGUGACCAGUCCAUUGUCAACCCCAAGUCAGGCACUGCCUCUGUAACAAUCAGCAUUGUAGGCGACCAGCCUCCAUAUUUUGUCAAUCCUAACACCUACACCGCUUCAAUAUCUUACAAAACAGCUGUAGACAGCAGUGUCUUCACAGUCAGUGCAGUCGAUCCUGACCUCAAGGGGUCACUUGUUUAUGAAGCCACAUGUGGGUUGCUGUCUGCUCCAGGCUACUUCAGGCUGAACUCAACCUCAGGGCAGAUAACUCUCAGAUCAAGUGUUACUCCUGACCUAAGCACCCAAUACCUGCUUUGUAUGGUUGCCUAUGACUCAGUCAGACCUAACGUCAGAGCCACAGCAACGAUGACAAUCAACAUAGAUCGUAACCCUAGCUUUCCUGGCUUUGUGACUACCACCUACAACACGCAGGUGUAUGAGAACGUACCAUACGGCACCAGUUUGUUUACUCUCUCAGCUACAGAUAAUGACGGUCAAAACCUGAUCUACAGUGUCUCAAGUGCAACUCCAGCAGAGUGCAACAAUUAUUUCAGUCUUUCUAUUGACACCCUCCGCUCCAUUGGUGACCUUUAUCUUUCUAGACCAAUCACUCAAUGCCAGUUCCAGUUUAGUGUCAGAGAUGAUGGCAUUCCUCCUAAAACCAGCACAAACGUGGCCAUUGGAACAGUCACAUUUGUUAGAAAUGACUUUACACCAGUUUUCCCAAGCCCUCUCUACACUGUCACUCUGCCUGAGACCAACAGCUUCCCUUCAAUAGUUUUUGAUGUCAAUGCCACUGAUGGUGAUACUUUUGAAAUUGGGUUUGGAGAUAUUGAAUAUGUAGCAAUAGGAGACAGCCCAGCUCUCAGCUUCUUCUCAGUGAACAACUCAACAGGUGUUGUCACUCUGUUCAGUUCUCUACAAAAUGGAAACCUUCCAGCAUAUACAGUUCGCAUAGUGGCCAGAGAUUAUGGCAGCCCUCGUUUGAGCAGUACAACACUCGUCCAGUUCAAUAUCAGCUACAACUUAAACAACCCUGUUAUAACCCCUGACCAAGCCACAGCUAAUAUCACAAUCUUUGAGGAUGAUCCAAUCUCAUCCCCCAUUUUCAACUUUGAUUACACUGAUGCUGACAGAACAGGUCCUCAGCAAGCUGUCACAUGGAGUAUCCAGUUUACUGCACAGGCAGACAGAAGUUAUUUCAUUAUUGACCAGCUAGGGGAUGUCUAUGUCAACUUGCCACUCUGGCUAGACAACUCAAACAAAAUGACCUACACUUUCACAGUAUUUGCAACCAACACUGAUGGCUCAGGCAGAAGUGAUUCUGUAUUUUGUACUGUCAAUGUCUACCGCAACCUGAACCCCCCUGUCUUUAGUCAAGAUGUCUACACAGUCAACAACAUCAGCUACUUAACUCAACAAUCCACUUCCUUGACCACAGGCAUUGUUGCAACAGAUGCAGAUACACAAGCCAGAUACCAGGUGAAGAGAUAUGAGAUCAUCCCUGAUGGUGUCUACUCAUCAUGGUUUACUAUAAAUAGCCUCACUGGUGCAAUUACUCUCAAUCAAAAUAUCGCAGAUAAAACUGACGCAGUUUAUAAGAUUGAAAUAAGGGCUGUAGAUGGUGGCACGCCACCUCUAACUGAUGAAGCAACAGUGUUGUUCAAUAUAAACCGCAAUCAACAAAGGCCAAGGUUCACCACAGGAAACCAAACUAUUACACUGUUUGAGGACAUAAGCACUGGCUUAGUCAAUGUCAGGGUCACAGCUGUGGACACGGAUGCUAGAGCACCAUACAACCAGAUUAUCUUCACACAAAUUGGCAACGCAGUUGCUAACACCUACUUCAGCACUGAUUAUCUGGGUAAUAUUUACCUCAUUAACCGCCUCACCUUGCCACAAACACCAGACAGCUUUACUGUACAAAUCCGUGUCUGUGACCAAGCUCCUGAGCCACUAUGUGCAGAACAAGACGCUUACGUAACUUUCAUUGUCAUACGCAACAACCACUACCCGUACUUCCUACCAAAUCCUGACUAUCCCUAUGUCAGAAACCUGGCAUCAUUCACCCCAGGCCAGAUUGUACUCACAGCCUUGGCUAGAGAUGAUGACCCACCCACCAACCGUUUUGGCGUGAUCAGCUACAACCUGAUUGGAGACGAUGGCGCAGAAACACGCUUUGUUAUAGAUCGCACCAAUGGAAACAUCAGCAUAUCAAACGCAAUAGGAAGUGGCACUGGAAGUCCUUUCAGACUCCGUAUUCAAGUCUGUGAUGGUGGUAAUUUAUGCAAUAUGACUGUUGCAACCAUCACGAUCUCCACAAACCAGUAUGCACCAGCUCUGAACCUGAACUCAUACUAUCAGAAAAUUCCAGAGACUCAGCCCUAUGGGGAUACCAUCAUUGAUGUCAAUGCUACAGAUAUUGAUGCAGGGCCCCCCAACAACCUGUUUGAGUUUGAGCUCCUGGACCGGUCAACACCUGAUGGAAGUCUGAACUGUUUUGCCAUCAACCCAACCUCCGGUUACAUCUUUGCCAAGAGAAGUCUACUGGUGUCACCCUGUACCAGCAGCCAGUACUUGUUUUCAGUGCGUGCUUAUGAUAAGGGUGACGUUGUACUGAGAAGUGCGGUAUCACCAGUAACAAUUGAUGUCACGCGCAAUGACAACCCACCCAUCUGGGAGCAGAAGACGUACAACUUUAACAUUGACAUGAACAACGCUGUCAGCACAGUUGUAGGCCGCAUCCGUGCCAAUGAUGCAGACCCUGUUGAUCCAUUUGGCACCCUGACCUAUUCAGUAGUGGGUGGAGGAAACGGUAACCCCUACUUGACCAUCACAAGAAUAAACAACAAUGAUGUCAAUGUCGUCCUCUCAACCUCAGUUGCUAACACAGGCAUCCAGAAUCUAAAGAUAUUUGUCCUAGUUCAAGACAGCGGCCUUCCAAGGAAACAAGACGUAACAGAAGUAAAUGUCCUUGUCAACAACAACCUCAACCCACCAUAUUUCCGGGAGUUUCUUUAUGUUUUUAACACAUACGAGGAUGUACCAGUAGGGACAGUUAUUGGCACUACAUUGCUAGGUGCAGAUAAUGAUACUGCUUCUCCUUGGAAAGACUAUUACUUCCGUCCACUACCUAGCCAUCCAUAUUUCACUGUCAAUGCAACUGGUCAAGUGUUUGCUUAUCGUCAGCUAACGCUAGAUUCAAAGGACACAGUGUACACCAUGAUGGCCCAGAUAUAUGAUGGAGGUAACCCAUCUUUGAUAGGAAGUCGGCUAGCCAAUGUCACCAUCACAGUCACCCGCAACUUGAACUGUCCAAUAUUUACCAACAUGCCUACUACAAUUAACAUAAAUAAAAACACCACAGGAGUUGUGUUCACAGUUCGAGCUAACGAUGCUGAUCUAGAUUCACGAUACAACAAAGUGACCCUGCGUCUCAUCAAUGACAAUAGCAUGGCAGCCUACUUUAAUUUUGACAUCACCACUGGUGCUCUCACUGUCUUACCCAGCGUGGCUAGUGACACGACCAUGCAGUACCAGCUGAGGUUCACAGCAUGGGAUGGCUACUGUGAUGAGUUUACCUCCAGUUUACUGACGGUCAAUGUCGUGCGAGAUCUGUUCCCCCCACGAUGGAUUAGCAACCAAGCUAACAUCACAAUUCUGGAGACUCAAGACACAGGAGACUCACUCUAUAACCUCAGCUCAGUUUCUAUUGAUCAGGACACUGGUAUUGGCUCAACAAGAUAUUAUGACUUCGCUACCAACAGUCUGAACAAGAACUUGUUUUACCUGGACACAAGUGGACGUGUGUAUUUAAGCAAGUCUCUGCUGGGUAGGACAGGGGAUCCUUAUCAAGUCCAGUUCAUGCUCCGCGAUGAUGGAGGACUUCAGAGUGAAAUAUUUAUCCUAAAUGUGAAUGUUAUCCGCAACCAUGCUCCAUCCAUCACAGUAACUCCAAACUCCAUCACAAUCAAUAGUAACCAGGCUGUCAACUCUGAAGUUUACAGGUGCAAUGGAUCAGAUCCUGACACCCAGACUCCAUUCAGUCUGUACGAGUAUCUUCUGCUUGAAGACUCCACUGCCACUGACCUGUUUGCCCUCAAUCCCCUAACAUGUGCGCUCACCCUGACCAAAUCACUGGAUUCAAACUCCCAGACGUCAUACACUCUGAGACUUCAAAUACUAGACAGGGGUACCCCUCGUUUGGCUGAUACUAAGACUUUGGUCAUCAAUGUGGUAAGAAAUUUGCAGAGACCUGUGUUCACCAACUCCAGAUACACAAUGACAAUACUGGAGAUAAAACCUGUUGGAGAAACUAUUCUGUCUGUCACAGCCACUGAUAAUGACACAUUUGCCCCUAACAAUGAAGUGACCUAUGCACUUUCAAGCCCCUCGACUACGUUUGACCAGUACUUUGCCAUAAAUCCAACCACUGGCAGUGUAUACAGUAAAACCUGGCAGGUGUACUUCCCAGAUAGAAACGUAAAGUUCUUCAGUGCCAAUGUCAGUGCCACAGACAGGGGUGUACCACCACAGACCGCACUGUCCACUACCCAGGUGGAAAUCACUGUGAUCAGAAACACGGCUCCGUAUUUCACAUCUACUUCUGGCACCAACAUAACAAUAUCCAAAAACCAGCCAGAGGGAACUUCUGUUUACACUUUUACACCAAGGGAUGAUGACAAAGAUGACCCCUUCAACAAAAUCACCCUGAGUCUGAUUGGAGAUGGAAAUGCUCCCUCGUUUUUUAGCAUUGAUCAAAAUGGUGUUGUCUCCCUUAAGGCUGGAGUUGAUCUCCCUGGAUCUUUGAUCUCUAGCUUCACGGUUCGAGCUCAGGUGGUGGAUGGUGGAAUACCCCAGCUCUCCAGCACUUCUGUGGUCAAUAUUAUAGUCCAACGCAACACGUACACACCCGUGCUCAAUGGUGUCACUGAGUACAUCCCAUACACAGCAUCCUAUGGCCGGUUCAUUACCCAGCUGGCUGCAACUGAUCAAGAUGGUCCAAAUACACCAGAGGGCACUGUACGCUAUGAAAUUGUCAGUGGCGCCACCAUCAACAACAUCAACUAUUUCAGCCUGGGUCUAGAAUCUGGCAUAAUUACCCUGAUAAACAGCACUAAUUUGGUCAACUUCGACAGAAUGAAUAUCACAGUAAGAGCCUAUGACCUGGGGACACCAUCUCGGAGCACAACAGCAGUCGUCACUGUGAUCAUAACCAAAGACUCGGGCACGUUGGCUGUUCCAAACUACACCUUUGACGUGAAUGAGAAUGCUCCUAAUGAUACAGUGCUUGGAACUGUUGUAGCCUCCCCCUCUGAUUCAGUGACUUACAGUGUAGUUGGGUAUCCACCAGCCACAGCUUACUUUGGUCUGAAGAGCGGUACUGGACAGGUUGUUGUCAUCAGUUCUCUGCAAAAUGAUGAUCAGAUGCAGUACACUAUGAUUGUAAGAGCUGUCCGCCAAGCAGGAGUGACUACACAGACAGCAGAAUCCACAGUCGUAAUCAAUGUUUCACGCAACCAAUAUGCACCCAUUUUUGGUACAACAGAUUACAACAGAGCUAUCCCUGACAUUACAGAUAUUGGGUCCAGUAUCCUGACAGUACAAGCCACUGACAGUGAUGUGACUGAUGUACUUGAGUAUUCGUUUGUUCCAAACUCUGGGAACUACUCUGUGUUCUUUAUCCACCCCCGCACUGGAGUAAUCUCUCUGACAUCAUCACUUAUUGGCACCACCAUCGACAGAUACUCAUUCCGAGUUCAAGUUCGAGACAACAGCAGACCUGAAAAGUUUGGCUUUUCAAAUGUUGUCAUUGACAUCCUGCGAGACAGGUCCUCCCCCCAGUGCUCUCAAGCUUUGUUUACUGCAGCAGCUAAUGACAACAGUCAAAAUGGAUCAGUGAUCACAACAAUUUCUGUCACAGACCAAGACUUGAGGGGCCGGCUAGUUUUUGAAGUGACAGGUGUCAGCACAGCACCAGCUUUCUUUACCCUGGGAUCCACCACACCAGGCGCCAAUAACCAGGCCACGGCCAACGUCUUGGUCCAAGACAUCGCUUACCUACGUAUGGAUAAGAUCUCCGGAUACAAUUUGAGGGUUGUGGCGUACGACUCAUCCUACCCCAACACACGGACCACAUGUUCUGUGUCUAUCAUAAUGACCAGAAACCUGAAUGACCCAGCCUUUAACUUGCGCAACUACGUCACAACCAUCUAUGCCACUCAGCCUGAAGGCAGCGUACUCUUCACCAACAUUACAGCAACAGAUGCUGAUGGAGACACGCCCCUCCGUUUUGAUAUAAUUGGAGACUCCAGAGCCCAGACUUACUAUGAAAUAAACCCAGACACUGCUUGGAUAAGGCUCAAGAAAUCUGUUUUGUACGACACCCAGACACAGGAUAUUAUCCAACUAAGAGUAUCAGACCAAAGAACACCAACUCGUAAUGGGUUUGCAACUGCUACGGUCAAUAUAAUUAGAGACAACAGAGCCCCUGUGUUUACUAAUAUCCCUGAAACUGUUAAUGUACCCAUCAACUCGCUAGCUUCUACAUCAAUAUUUACUAUUCGAGGCAGAGAUGAUGAUCUAAAGGGAAACUUGACCUACACUUUUGUGUCUGGCUAUGCUGAUUUCUUUACCUUGGUGAAUGUGGGACAAAGCAGCAGCACUGUAGGAGACGUUUACUUGAGCAGAAGUUUGAAAGAAGACGCUCUGAGACAGUCCAGCUACCAGCUGAGGUUCCGAGUUUUUGACUCCCAAUUCCCAACAAGCUACGACGAGAAAACUUUGACUGUCACAACAGAGAGAAACCCUAAUUCACCAGUCUGUACUUCAGUCAACCCUGUGUCUUUAGACAUCAACUCCAGAAUUGGGGGCACUCUGCUCACUGUUAGGGCUACAGAUGCUGACAAUGAUGUUCUGCGAUACACAAUGACUAGCCCUGAUGCAGAGGAUCUCAAAUACUUCUAUGUGGAUCCAACCACAGGGAAUAUUAUACUGAUAGAAAAUCUGUUCAAUUCUACCUUUACAUCUUUUACAUUCCCAGUUUCAGUGAGUGACCAGGGCUACCCCACACCAAAAACCUGUACAGUGACAGUAACCUUCAACCUGGGGGCUGCUGACCUGGCGCCCUACUUCUUCCCAGCAGCAUACACCUGGUCAAAUAUCCCGGAAAAUGCUUUCAAUGCCACCACAGCUAGUGAAUUCAUUGUCAAUGGUUUUGAUCAAGACCGUGUGGGAAAUCUUCAAUACAAGAUAAUUGGUAACUUUGCGUCACCAAGAUACUUUGGGGUUAGAAGAACUUCAAACAGCCCAACUAGCACUGGGACCCUGUACCUCAGAGAGGACAUUAAGCCAGACAAUGACUUUGUUUAUGAGAUAGUGGUGGUUGUGUACGAUGAUGCCAGACCAUCCCUCAGUGGCACAACAACGGUGACAGCAAGUAUCAAUCGCAAUCCCAGUGGCCCAAGCUGUCCAGCCAACACCAUAACAAGCUUCCAAGAGUUGCAGCCCAUUGGUUAUUUGGUUUACACUGCAUCAGCCCCAGACUCAGAUGGAGAUACUGUGACCUAUUCAUUCCAAACUACAGCUGUGGAUCAGAAACCUCUGGAGUAUUUUGCCAUUCACCCAUUGCUGGGACGUGUGACUGUGUUGAAAAGUUUGACACUAGAUCCACAGAGGCAGACUACACCAUUUGUUCUGACUAUUGUGGCAAGAGAUAAUCGCAUACCACAGAGGUCCUGCUCCUUCACACUGACCAUCACAGUGGGAAGAAACCAAUACUCUCCCAUCUUCCAAAGGACUCCAUACAAUGUGCCAACAAUCUCAGAAAACCUGGCAACUGGCAGUAAUGUUUACAACACUGUCACUGCCACUGAUCAAGAUAUGACUGCCCCAUUGGUGUAUGAGGAAAUAAGCAACACCACUGCUGCCUACUACUUUGACAUCAACAGAAUCACAGCUGCGAUUACAUUAGUCAACAGUUUAUUGGCUGGCACAUUCACAAACUACCAGUACUAUGUGAGAACAUACGACCCCAACUAUCCAAAUGACUUUGCUGAAGAAAUGGUCAACAUCACAGUCAGCCGUAAUGAAUACGCUCCAAUUUUUGAAAAAACCUCGUAUGCCAUCACCAUCAAUGAAACUGAACCCAUUGGCAAGAACAUUUUGACCAUAAGAGCAACAGAUAACAACACCAGGGACACAGUCACUUACUAUGCCACAGCAAAUGCCGACGCCCUUCAGCUAUUUGAGCUGUUACCUUCAGGUUCAAUCCUUGUCAAGCAGAGUCUCUACGGCUUGCCCAAAGACACAUACACUAUCCUGGCGUACGCAAGGGACAACGGUACUCCCAUGCAAGAGACUCAAGUCAAUGUGGCCAUAACGGUACUGCGUUACCCAGGCAACCCUGUGAUAUCAGGUGGAGAAUGUUUAGAUAAAAUCAGUGAGAAUCGUGCAACUGGGCCCAUCAAUGCCAGGAUUAAUGCAACAGAUACUUUCAAUUUGGGCCCCCUGGUUUAUGAAGCCACUGGAAAUUACCCAGCUCUGAAUUUCUUUAGCGUCGACAGAAAUACCGGUGUUAUCCAAUUAAUUCAAAACCUCAGGACUAGCGGAUUCCGUGAUAUGAACUUUACUUUUGUUGUGAGAGUGUACGACUCUCUGAGACCAAACCGUCAGGCCAGCACUACGUGCACCUUCACCGUUCUACGCAACCAGAAUUCUCCAGUUUGGAGUCUGCCAAACUACAGCGCCACCAUAAAGGACAGUCACCCUGUUCUCGCUAAUGUUGUCGGGGUCUUAGCCACUGACACUGACCCAGGGGAUGUGAUUAGCUACUCACUAAUUAACGAGACUCAGCAGAGAGAUCUGAACUCAGGCCCCUCUGAGUAUUUCUUCAUUGACUCUAUCACUGGGAUGAUCAGCUUGAAAAAAUCUGUCAAAGGUUCAAAUAUCAGGAGUUUUCUUCUGAGAGUUAGAGCCUGUGACAAUGGGUGGCCCCAGAGGUGUAUUGAAGCAGAUGUAACCAUUGCCGUCACAUAUGAUGGCAUUUUCCCAGUGUUUAUCAACAUCCAAAACUACAGAGUACAAAUCAAUGAGGAUGCCAGUCCAGGUGUGCAGGUGGUGCAGGUGACAGCAACAGAUGCUGACAUGGCACCAGGGAGCUCUAUAUAUUAUGGAUUUGUUAACCCUCCACCAUCCUACUUUACCAUGGAUUCAAACAACGGCAAUAUAACCCUGUACAGAUCAGUUCUCUAUGAUGUGGCCACCUCAUAUGUUUUCAAUGUAAUUGCCUAUGACCGUGGGGAUCCUGAUAGAGUAGCCACAGGCACUGUAACUGUCUUGGUGGUAAGGAACCAGUUCGGUCCUGUCUGCAGACUUCAAAGGACUAGCAUUACCAUCAGUGAAUACCAGAGAGUCCCUUCAAUUGUUGCAAACAUAAUGGCCCCUGAUCAGGAUAGGGACGCUGUACAGUAUAGCAUAACAGGAGUUACACCACCAUACCCCAAUGCCACUGAUCCAACUUUUUACAUCAACCCAAACAAUGGCGACGUCUGGCUAUUUAAGACUCAAGAAUCUACCUCUGUUACUUUCUAUAACUUAACCAUCCGUGCCACAGACAACCGAGUAAGCAACCCAAAGAGUGACAACUGUCUACUUCUCAUUACCAUAGACCUUGACCUUUAUCCUCAAUUUAUUGACAACAGACCUAACAGAAACAUCAGUGAGUUCACCCCACUUUCAGUGGUCAGUCAAGUUCAGGCCACUGAUGGUGACCUUGAGGGGACGAUACAGUAUGUGUUGAUAGGCUUGUACCCUGCUGACAGUUUCUUUGAUGUGGGGCAGACAACUGGAGCUAUCUCCCUUAAAAGACUGCUCACCUCUGAUGACCUCAGUCUCCCAUCAUACACUUUGAGGAUCCAGGCCUACGACAGUGCACACCCUAACAGAAGAGCUACCCAAGAUGUGACCAUUAAUGUUGUACGCAACGCUUACAUGCCAGUGUUCAGCCUAUCAAGAUAUGUAGUCAGCAUACCAGACACGACUCCAGUUGCCACUUCCAUCCUCGCAAUCAGUGCUAGAGAUGAAGAUAAUGAAACGCUGGUUUACAGUAUAACCGGCUCUACUACCACUGGCCUGAGUUAUUUCUUCCUAGAUGGAAAUAACCUGCGAACCAAAGCCAACUUGAAAACAGCUAGUGAUACUUAUACUCUGACAGUAUCAGCCAGUGACCCUAGGGGCAGGACAGGAACUGCUUUUGUUGACAUCACCAUCACCAGGUCCCAAGGGGACAGGCCUCCAGUGUUCAUAAACCUACCAUAUGUGGCGCGUAUAACUCGCUAUCUGGCUGUCAAUACUAUACUUAUUGAUACUAAUGCCACAGAUCCUGAUAUACCAAACAAUCCGGAGCGUAUAAAGUUUGAGCUGUACUCUGCACCAGAAUCAGAUUACUUUACAAUUGACUUCAAUACAGGGGAGAUCAAACUAAAGAAAUCAUUGACAUUGGACACACUGAGAAAUGCCUUCUACACAGUGGAUCUGUAUUGUUACGAUGUACAGAACCCCAGUCUUACAGCCAAGGCCUAUGCUGUGAUUUUUGUUGACCACAACCCCAAUGGUCCUAUAUUUGCUACUGCAAACUAUCAGAUCACUGUCAGUGAGAUUAUAAAUUUGGGUACAAACGUGAUUACUGUCAAUGCAACAGAUGCCGAUAGUGACACUGUCAGGUAUUACAUGGUGCUACAGGCAGGAGGGACACCAGCUGCUGAGUUCUUUGCUAUCAAUGAAAACACAGGAGUUAUCUACCCCAUUAAGUCCCUUACAUUAGCCCCAUUGAAUCAGUAUACAUUCCAAGUGGUUGCCUAUGAUUCCGGCAUCCCCAUGAAAACAGCAACAGCCACUGUCACCAUUUAUAUAACAAGAGACAUUUAUGCACCUUCAUGCACAUCUGGGCGUAUCCCUGUGACCAUCAGUGAAAAUACUGUUGUAAACGACACCAUUCCAAUUCUGACCUUUGUUGCAACUGAUCAAGAUGGAGGCGGCAGCCCAAUCAUCUACGCACCCAGCGGAAAUGGCUUGGCUAGAGUUUUCUUUAACGUUAACUCAGCUGGACAAGUGUUUGUCAACUUCCCUCUCACCACCACCACAAGCAGCAGGUUUGAGCUUGAAGUGGCAGUGUACAGCCAAAGCAAUCCAGCCAAGGUAGGCUACUGUAAUGCCACUAUCACAGUCAGCAGAAAUGUGAAUUCCCCAACAUUUAGCUCGGUAUCUACAACUCUAAACAUCUGGGAGUACGAGGCCCCUGGAUUCUCAGUAGCUAAUCUAACUGCUACAGAUGCAGAUAAUGACAGAAUAACAUACUACCUCUCUACUGAAGCUGUUACCCUCAGUCAUUUUGUAAUUGACAGCUUGACUGGCAGAUUGAGUCUCAUAAAAACACUGCAUGAUAUCACCCCAAACACAAUUCAGUUUACUGUGUAUGCAACAGACAAUCGCUCGCCAGAAAAAGUUGGCCAGAUUUCAGUGACUGUGAUCAUUAACCGUGAUACUCCUCCGAACUUUGUCAAUUUACAAACAACUGUAAACUUACUAGAAACUUUGCCUAUUGGUACUAUCGUACUUAAUGUAACAGCUCUGGAUCAGAACCUUAGGGGACAGAUCCAGUACUUUGCUGUUGGUCGGGGAGGAGCUCAAGCAGUAUUCAGCAUUAACCAGGCCACUGGUCAGAUAUCACUCAUUCGAAACCUCACUACUGACACAAGUUCUUUCUAUGAUCUGGAGAUCUACGCCAUUGACUCAGCCCUGCCUGACAUACGUAGUUUACCCGGUGUCAUCAGAUUCAACAUAGCACAUAACCAGAAUCCACCUAGGUUCCAGUACACACCGUACAAUUUUGCUAUUGAUGUUGACAGAAAUGGAAACAGCCUUGGCCUUUUCAUUGGUCAGGUCAAUGCUACUGAUGCUGAUGGGGACAUCCCAUUCUACACCUUAUCACCAAUUGCAGACAACUCAGCAGACUACUUUUUCUUGGACAGAAACGCUGGAAAGAUUUACCUGAUUAAAUCUGUCAGUACUGUUACAGCUACACAGUUCCAGUUUAACGUAGUGGCCACUGACCGCUUGAUCCUGCCAUUGUAUGACACCAAACCUGUUACAGUAAGCCUGAUCAAGGACCAGUACCCACCAGUCUUCAGCAGUGCACUCUACACUGUGACAAUCAAUGAAAGACGGCCAGUAAAUGAUACCAUCUUUACUGGCUUGUCAGCCACAGAUCUAAACCUUCAGGGUACCAUGACUUAUGUUGUGACUGGUGUUUAUCCUGGUGACACCUUCUUCAGUGUGGGACAAACAGACGGAUACGUCAGAGUUAUCAGAGAUCUACGUACUGAUAUUGUUGCAAGAACAUCAUACACCCUCUAUGUGGCAGCUUAUGACAGCAGUCUACCAAACAACAGAGCCAGUGCUACAGUUUUGAUCACUGUGGAACGUAAUGCCAAUGCUCCAAGUUUUGGACAGGCCCAAAUCACUGUCACGGUGCCGGAGACACAGAGAACUCAAGACUCUGUGGCCAACAUUGCAGCAACUGAUGCUGAUGGGGACACUAUCCAGUACACUUUAGUCAGGGAUAAGAAUGGUGGAGAUGGCAUGUCAUUCUUCUAUGUUGACCAAACUGGACGCAUGUUUAUCAAACGUCCACUCACAGAGAGCACAACCAACAGCUAUACGAUGGUUGUACGAGCAACAGAUUCUGGCAACCCAUCAAAGCCUACAGAUGUUGAUGUGAUUGUUACCAUCGUGCGUUUUGUGAGGCCCAUCUUCUCCCAAAGCCAGUACACAGUGACCAUCCCAGAGAACCAGGCCAUCAGCUCAUCUGUCUACUCCAUGCUGGCCACUAAAGCAGGAGCUAAUGUCAGAUAUGAAGUUGUUGGAGAUGGAUACGCCCCCUACCUGUUUGCUAUCAACCAAACUACAGGACUUGUGACUGUGAAAAAUAGUUUGAGAGACCUCAAAGAUUUAACAUACACUCUUACAGUGAACGCUUAUGAUGAAUCUCAACCCAACUUCAAAUCCCAAGCAACACUGGCCAUCUCAGUGACCAGAAAUGACAACCCUCCAGUGUACACCCAGAGUCUGUACACAGCAACGGUCACCCAGGACACGACCCCGUACACCAGACUGGUCACUGUUAUUGCUAAUGACACUAAAGAUGGGAACGCCAUCACAUACAGACUAGUUGGGCCCCAAGAAUGCCUGAACAGAUACAAGGUUCUGUCUACUACUGGUGAAUUUCUAUUGGUCGUCUCUCCAAAUACCAUUCCAGCAGGAACUACUGAUUGCAUAGUUGAGGCCAGUGACAAUGGCUAUCCCACCCCCAAAACUGUCACCUCUACUGUCCGUGUGACAGUGUCCAGUGAGACGUCACCUACAUUCCUCACUACACUGCCUGUAUCAAUAAAUGAGACUGUACCCAACUAUCAAACCAUUGGAACAGUCACAGCCAGCAAACCCAACCCAACUGGCAGCAUUAUCUACACCUUGGAAGGAAACUACCCAGCCUUGUCGUUCUUCAAUGUCUCAUCCACCAAUGGCAACAUCCAGGUCAUCAAUGACCUCCGCAAUGACCCACUCAAGCUGACCCAGUACACUCUGAGAAUCUGUGCAGCUGAUUCAGCUUUCCCAGCCAUCAAGCAGUGCGUCAACCAGCUGAUCAAUGUUGCCCGCAACCAAUUUUCACCUGUGUUCAACCCACCAACAGACCGUGUCAGCAUAUCUGUGGACACGCCCAUCACCUCCUGGUCACGCCCCCUCAAUGUCACAGAUGCCGACAGUACUAAAGUAACAUGCAGCAUCAUUGGCAAUUCCAAGGCCCAGGAGUUCUUUAAGGUGGAUCCCAACACUUGUGUGGUCUCCUUGAGAAGAAAUCUGACCGAUGACGCAGAGAAAACAACUUUGUACCAAAUUACAGUGCAGGCAACAGACAAUGGAACACCUCAGCAGGUAUCCACUAGUCUGCUGGAAGUGGCUGUCAAACGUGACCUCUUCAACCCUGAAACCACAAACCUGCCAUCUACAGUGACCAUCGAUGAGAACAGCAACACUGGGGCCUCAGUUUUUAGAGUAUCUGGACGAGAUAAUGAUACAAAUAGCGUAAUAGUUUGUGAGCUUGCAGCAAACAACCCAGUGAGCCUGUUUUUCCAAAUAGACAACAAUUGUCUGAUCACCAUCAGAAAUUCUCCACGGCUAGACACACAAACUACCUACCAGAUCCCAGUCCAGGUGUAUGAUGCAGCAUGGCCGAACAACAGAAAGACAGAAACUCUAACAGUGAACGUCAACAGAAAUGUAAAUGCUCCAGUGCUAAACGGACCCUUCAGCACCACCAUCAACAACAACUUCUCCCCUGGCAACACAGUCCUUACCGUGGGGGCCACAGAUGCUGAUGGGGAUCGGUUGACCUACUCAAUGGUGAAUGCUAACGUCAAUGUCAGCAAUACAUUCAUGGUGGAUAGCUCAACAGGAAGAAUCAUCUUGUUGCGUCCACUCCAAGAUCAGACUGUCUACACAUUUGAUAUUCGAGUCACUGACAACCGCAACCCUGAGAAGACUGACACAAGAGCAGUGACCAUCAAUGUAAACAAUGUUGUCUACCCUCUGACCUGGGUCAGUGCACCUUACACUGCAACAAUCAACAUCAACACCACCAUCAACACAGAAGUGACAGUGGCAGUACGAGCCACCAAACAAAAUACACAACAGACCAACAUCAGAUACAGGUUCAAUGGUGGAGCUCCCAGCUCAGCUGUCAACUUCUUCAGUAUUGAUGCCAACACAGGCCAGGUGUACUUAACCAACAACCUUGUCGCUGACGGGACCAUGAAAUUCUUGUCUAAUGCUGUGCUGUUCAUUGAGGCCUAUGAUAUUCAAGCUACAUCUGAUGUGAUCAGGACCUCCCUGACCAUCAACUUUAACCGCAACAUGAACGCCCCAGUCUUCUCACCAGUCACCUACUCAGCAACCAUCAACGAUUACGACCCUGCUGGUACCAGUGUUGUCACCGUAAGGGCAACCGACAGCGAUCCACUGGCACCAGAAAAUACCAUUAUUUAUGAAGUGGACUCCAGCAGAAGUGCAUCUGAUUAUUUUACUGUUGGUAGCUACAAUGGUCUGAUUACUGUGAAGAACAGAGUGUCCCUAGACCCAGCGAAACCAGGCACUUACACUGUGUAUGUGCUGGCCCAUGACACCAGCCUCCAGCCUAAAACAUCAACAGCAACAGUCACCAUCACUGUGAACCGCAACAACCCCCCAGCCUUCACACAGAACCAGCCUUACACCAGGGAGAUCUCAGACACUGUGGACGUCUACUUCCCCUUUAUGGUUGCCACAGCCACUGACCCAGAUUCCAACGUAGCUAACUCUGACAAUGGUAAACUGGAGUUCAGCAUAGUUGACCCUACAGCCAACACAAUCUUUGGCAUUGACAACAUGGGAAAUAUUUUUGCUAGAAGAUCACUGCAGAAUCUGAAUUCAUCAUACACAUUCCAAAUCAAGGUGGCUGACAAAGGCAUACCACCUCUGUCUGACACUGCCCAAGUGGUUAUUACCAUCAGCAAGAGUGCUGGGCUGACCUUCAAUCCCAGCUCAGUCAGCUACCAGAAGUCUGAGAGCACACCUGUCCCAUCCUUCUUGGAGAGGGCAGUGGCCACAGAUGGCCUUGGUGGUAGUGUGAUCUUGUAUGAGCUUGUGGCUGAUGGGUUCGCCAACCAAGCUUUUGUUGUUGAUCCCAAUAACGGCACUGUGACACAAGUCAAGCCAUUCACUGAUGACCCACUCAAAUCAUUAUCUUACCUGUUCAGAAUUCGUGCUUACCGCCAGAGUGAUCCAACUGUACAGGCCUACAAGACCAUCAGAAUUACAGUUGACCGUAAUCCAUCUUCCCCUGCCUUUAACCAAACCAACUAUGUUUUCAACAUCCCAGAGAACCAGGUGUUGGGAGAUGUGUUUGGAAAGAUCAGCGCCUCGGACCCAGAUUCUGGUACGUCUGGAGAACUCACAUACACCAUAUCUCGCCUGGGCAACAACCCCUUGACCAGCUACACGUACUUCUACAUGGGUCCAACCACUGGAGAGUUGACCGUGUCCAGAAGUUUGUUGGAUGACAGGGGCACUACCAGCUACAGUUUCCCAAUCAAGGUGGCAGACAGUGGCUCACCACAAAAGACAGCAGACGCUUCAGUAACAAUCAAUGUGUCUCGUAACAAGAACGGCCCAGUGUUUGUCCCCAACAAUACAUUCAUAGUAGAAAUCCCAGAAGACUACCCUGUCCAGGGCUCCAUUGUGGAUCUGAAGGCCACAGAGGCUGAUGGUAACCCUGUGACCUACUCCCUCCAACGCACCAGCAUCAAUACCUUGUAUUUUGCUGUCAACGAGACCACUGGCAGAGUCUAUCUAUCUCAGUCUGUGCUUAGGGCUCCCAGCUCAACAUUUUUUUUGACCGUAAUAGCAUCAGAUAACCAGCCAUCAGUUAAAACAGCCGAUGCCACCAUCACAGUCAUUGUCCGAAGAAAUCCCAACGCACCAGAAUUCAGCCAAAGGCUCUGGACCAGAGACAUAUCAGAGUACCAGGCUGUGAACACCGAGCUGUUGACAAUAAUAGCUACAGACAAAGACGCCUCAUCUAGUGACAGUGGAAGAAUCACCUACUCCAUCAUAAACCAAACAGCCACCAGCCCCCAACCUACUUCUGGCUUUGCUACAGACUUUUUCACCAUCGGCGCCAACAAUGGCCAGCUGUUCUUGACUAAACCAUUGACAAAUUAUACAUCAGCCAAUGACUAUGAUAUUUAUGUGAGAGCUCAAGACAAUGCCAUCAAUCCAAGAUCUGACGUUUCACUUGUCAAACUGCACAUUGUACGCAACAUGUACGCCCCACAGUUCUUACCUGCUGUCGUAUUAGCCAACAUCACCUCCAGCGAUGCUAUCAACACACCAAUCUUAACUUUACCUGCUGUGGACAAUGAUAGUACCAUUGAGCUCAACAAAAAUACUCCAAAUGCGGAGAUUACUUAUGAGCUGAGGGAUUUCUCUGAGGCUGAUAAACAAUCCAGAUACUUUGGUGUCACCCAGGAUGGAACGGUUUACAAAAAACUGGCAACGAUAAGCAACACAGAAUUCCAAACAUUCACUUUUAUGGUUGUGGCUAGAGACAACAACUGGAGACAUGACAAACUGACAACUGUCAAUGUCAGCAUUGGUGUCACCCCCACCACUAUACUGGGGGGCCAAAUUGGAUUCAGACAGCCUGUUUUCCUUGUGAGCAUUAAAGAGAAUUCUCCAGUAGGCUCAAAUGUGACAUAUCUAAAAGUUGAAAACCAGGAUCAAAGCCAAGUUGAAUGUAACUUAUUAAAUGCCAAUACUGAUAUAUUUUACGUGCAGACUGUGGAAAAUGAGAAGAACUGUUUGAUAGUCCUGCUAGCAACAUUGGACAGAGAGACACAGGCUAGAUAUGACUUUAAUGUGACAGUCCAGAAGAAGACACUGACACCCACCAAUGGCAGAAAGAAGAGACAGUCAUCAGUAACCAUUUACAACACAUGGCCCAACGCUCGUGUGGUUGUUGAGGUUGUGGAUGUCAAUGACAACCCACCCGCCUGGGUGUGGAACAAAUAUCCAAGAAAUGACAUUGACCCGCCUGCAGGCACAAGAGGCAUCUUCAUCACCGCAGUAGACUACUUGUCUUCCCCUGAAACAGUUGCUAUUCCACUCAAGGCCACAGAUAUAGAUCAAGGUCUGAAUGGAGAAGUGCGCUACAAACUGGACAUGCCUCUGGUCAACCCUCCCCCCUUCAACAUUGAUGAGCUUGACGGAAGUCUCUACACAACCACAGAGUUCUCUGAUGAUGACAAAAACAACAAAUAUCUGCCCUACAAGCUGAUAGCAGAGGCCCACGACAGAGGUCAAGAUGUUGAGGGAUUCAAAUCUGUCCAAGCCAACUGCUAUGUCAAUCUGAUCCGGCCAAUCAACAGAUUUGUUUUAGUGGUCAACAGACCAAUGGCUGACGUCCUCUUACAGAAGGAAAUUUACAGGCUGGCUCUACAAAACUCGACUGGUUAUGUUAUUAUCAUUGAGAGAAUUGAGGCAAAGAGAACACCCGGUACAGUCAAUGGGACCUACGAUGUGGACACAAAAGCAACUGACGUUACGUUUGUUGCUGCUUUACCCAGAGAGUAUUACCAGUUGGUCAAUCAGACAGAUGCUGAAGCUAAUGGUAUCACAUCCAAAGAUGCAAUUUCCAAAGUAACAACAGCUGUAGGAGGCUCACUUAAUGUGUCAGUUCAGACAGUCAGAACACCAUUUGUCAGUGCCAUCGUGUACCGCAACAUGCCGACAAAGUCCUACACCUGGUGGAUGGAUGACCCAUGGGCCGCCCUCAUUGCGCUGGCUGCCAUCAUUAUUCUCCUCUCAUUAGUUGGCAUCAUCGUUCUCAUUUUCACAUACGCCAGGUACAUGAAGUUCAUUCACCAAUACCGGGUGUACCAGGCCACAUUUGAUAACCCAGACUUUGUGGAACCUCCAGGGUUUAUGAGGGAAUAUGAGACACAGAGUUUGAAUAUGUACGUCCCACCUGACGAGGCCAUCCCCGACUACGGAGAGGUCAACAUGACCCUGGACCAGAACACUGUUGAACAUGUGACCCACACUGGACAUGACCCUAGAGUUGCAGCAGCUGUUAACCCAAUCUAUCAAGUUGGUCAGUCUCAAGCCAUUGAGCAGCCACACCAACAUGCUCGACCAGAUAUGACCAUGCUGUAACAGACCACUUCACCACCACCACUACCAACAGCAACUUUGUUCUACAGCACUAAAAAAAACCACUUGAUGUUGAAAAUAUAAACUUAACUUAUAAUUUGAAGCAUGUUGAUGACCAUCAUUAAAAGAUUUACUGCUGAAAACAUUAGAAAUUACCAACAGCUAUAGUGAUAAGUGGGGAAAGCUGUUUGAAAGAUUAAUUUUUUUUUGUAUGAAUGGGAAACUUUUUCUGUCAACAACCAAAGUUGCCUUUCAAAGUGGAGAUUAUGUUAUUUAUUUUUUUACUGCUAUUUUUUUUUCAAACCUUCACAAAAUUAUUUAUGCAUAAUGCCAAAAUUGUUGAAAAUGUUUUUAAAUAAUAUAUUAUUUUGGUUUCUGUAGUUAAAUGCUUUAUUAAAUUUUUUAAAGGAAUGCCAGUAAAACAAAGUUCAUGUUAAGAAUGUAUUUGUAGUAAGUUUUUUCAAUUAUUUUAAAGAAUAUCUAAAGUUACUAUAAAGAAAUCAAAAGAAAUUAUAUGUUAUUGUGAUACUUAAAUGUUAAAUUAAUAUAUGAAAAAUCUACAAUGUGAAGGACUCUUUAUAUUUUAUAUAAAAUCUUUAUUUAUACAUUCCAAUUUAUAAAGGACUUCCUGUCUGACUAACCCAAUGUCCAUUAUUGUAAGGGAAAUAACCUGUGUUACAGUGAAAUCAUUUAUUCUAAAUUACCUCCCCUUGUUGUGUUGGUCGGAUACGAAUCCUUUGUUGAACUUGAAUGUGCUGACUUUGAUACUUAAGAAAUAAAAAAAAUUGUUUCAUGUUUUCUUAUAUUUAUAUCUUCCCAUUUUUUAUACAAAACUUAUUAUAAAUAAAAAUUAUAAAUAUUU